CCUCUCGAAGCCGUUCGCAAUGUGCAGUUUGCGACCGGGCCACGGUGUUGCAUGGUGCCCUGCAUUUGGGGUUCGAAGUCAAUCUUUCAGGACAUGGGUCGAAGCUCGGUUGAAUGUUCAUGUAAUUACCACCACCAUAACUUCGCUUCAAGGCGUUCAGUGGUCUCUACAGUUCUAAAUCUCAGGGAUGUUGGCGUGCAUGCUAUUGGGCCCUGAACGGUGCUGAUUUUACACUGUUUACAAUGGGGCUUGAAGUAGUGAACUGGACCCCUAAAGUUGUGCGUUAACUUCCGGUUCUAUGUAAACGGCAAUCAGCGCAUGUACAUGUAAGUCUAUGUGCAGUGCACGUGCAGUGGGUGUUGUUUAAACUGCAGUGACUUCGGACACACGAAAGGAUACAUGCAGUCAGGCGGCACUGCUAUGAAACACUGGCUGCAGGUGAAGAGUUGAAAAUGAUGUCCGAAACUAAUAAAACAGCUACCGGAGCGGUGACAAGCACCAGGUUAUUCGAAGGGGCGGAACACGCCGAUCUUUACUUGAAAUGUCGUCCCGACUGGCCGGAGGAAAUCAUCCAGAAAACCCUAGCUUUUCUGCAGGAAAAGAAAUCCGGGCCGUUUGAGCUUGCUGUAGAUGUGGGGUGUGGGUCAGGUCAAGCUACCCGACCUUUGGCCUCACAUAUCAAGAAGGUUGUGGGUGUCGACGUGAGUGUGGAACAGAUCCGUGCAGCACAGUGUGUGGACAAUCCUCCAAAUGUUGAAUUCAGGACAGGCAGUGGGGAAGCUAUUCCAGUCUCUGACAAGUCAGUUGACCUGGUCACGUGUGCACAGGCAGUGCACUGGUUUGACUUCGAUGUCUUUUUCCGAGAGGUGGAUCGUGUACUGAAGCCUGGUGGCUGCGUGGCUAUCUACUCUUACCACAUUUUUAAGCCUUGGGUGGAUGGUGACGACAAGAAAAAUGAACAACUAUACAGCAUUGUUACUCAGCAUGACACAGAAACGUGUGGACCAUACAACAGUCCCCGUAUACUACACUUGCAGAACAUGCUAGCGGAUGUCCACAUUCCUUACGAAGAAACCAUCAGAGAUAACACUCUUGCUAUUCGCCAAGACACUACAAUGAAGUCUUACAUCGGCUAUCUGGAGUCUCGAUCCGGAUAUCAAAGUUACCUGGAAAACAAUCCAGAUGACAAGGCUGAUCCCCUCAAAGAGGUUCAGGAAAGGCUGAUGGAUACGCUUGGUCUGGACGCUCCUGCUGAAUAUUCCAAAAUAAACAUUCGCUCUCCCAUAGCAUUUUUGCUUGGACGAAAACCAGAUAACAAUUGAGAGCUGAAUGACAUUGGUUGCAACAAAACCAACACCCACCAUCCCAUUUAAGUCGUAAUAUCUGCAGUCGUGGACUCUUUUUCGCUUUGAGUUUGUUAUGUAAUAUGUUUUCAAUGUUAUAGUUAUGUAUUCAUGUUUUCCAUUGAAUGCAACUUUAAUAUAUCAAGCAAAAUAAAUGACGCUUAACUGUAAAAAUGAUAUUAUUUACAAACAGGCCAUCAAUAUGUCUUGAAUGUAAGAAAAAGUAGGUCUACUUUAUCUGUUACUGAAUCUGUAAGUUUCCAAGGGAUACCAAAACGACGGGGGGUGAAAAUUCGUUUAGAGUGCACUGAACGUUUGAAUAGAGAUGUAAGCUGGAAGCUGGAAAAUGGGCCGUUGUGGCAUUUCUUUAGAACACUGUAGUAAGUAAUAUUUGUUUCCUCUGCGUUUGGCGGGGUAUAUUAAUUAAGGUAAUUGGGAAAUACAAAUCAGAAAAUCAGUUAAAAAGGAAAUGGCAAACCUGUAUAUGCAAAAUUUGUGUGCUGGGCAUGGCAGGUACAACAAAACAGAUAAAUGAAAAAGGAAACGAGAAACAAAAAAUAAGUGAAACAUGAAAAAAACAAACACGGGUAACCGUGAAAAACUUUUGUUAUAAAUUAUACAGUGAAUAAACAAGUUAUAAAUUCAGCAAUGAACUGUGGAUCACUCUUAAAGGUGAUUCAUUGCUCAACUCCUCAGCAAAUAAAACUCCACCACAUGAGUAGAAGAUUCCGUUUACUUUCUGUGUACAAAAAAUGUACAUGUACUGUACGUACAUCGUCGCUGCAUUCUGCACUUGCAAUGACUUGGCAAAUCUAAUGAACCAGAUCCCGGGGAUUGUGAAUUUGGGAACCCGUUUCUAUACAGAAGAGAGACCUACAUUUUAACCUUUGAAUUCCCUAUGACGAUGACAUCAUGCUCAAUAACUGUAUUGUUAGGGAUGGUGUGAAAAGAGGGUAUAUAGAGUUUUGAGUUUGUAGGGAACUUAUGAGGGGAAACUGUGAGUGUUUGAACACAUGACACAUGGCGGAGUCAAAUUUGCAAGGCUGGUUUAUCAGUAGGAAAGUUACAUUUUCUCUCAAUGUACAAUUUGAAAUAAAAAAAGUUACAGACAGCGUUACCUUUGUUUUAUUGGGGGAAUGAAGAGCUUUGUAGAGAAACUUGGGGGUGCCCAAAUUCACAAUCCCAGACCCUUUCUCUAU